UUCCAACUAGCGUAGCAGUCCGGCGGGUGCAUGGGAGAGCGAGACAGGGAGUAGAAAAAUAAAGCUGGAAAAUACUUCAUGAAUUAAAGGGAUUUGUUCUUUUGUUUGAAGUACUUCAACGUUUUUCUUGCAAAUAACUAUUCAGAAAUGGAAAGUGAACGAUGAGGAGUCUAUGGCCCAGCUACAGCUGACUGACUGAACAUGGCUCAGUUUCCCACGUCCUUCGGAGGGGGUGCGGACACCUGGGUCAUCUCUGUGGACGAGCGAGUCAAACAUGACCAGCAGUUCCACAGUCUCGCGCCCACCCCUGCUGGCUUCAUCACAGGUGACCAGGCCAGGAACUUCUUCCUCCAGUCUGGCCUGCCCCCUCCGAUCCUGGCCCAGAUAUGGGCCUUGGCCGACAUGAACAGCGAUGGGAAGAUGGACAUGCACGAGUUCUCCAUCGCCAUGAAGCUCAUCAAGCUGAAGCUGCAGGGCCACCCGCUGCCCCCCUCGCUGCCCCCCUCCAUGAAGCAGCCGUCUCUCAUGACCCAGCCCCCGCCCUUCGCGGCCAUGCCACCAGUCCCCCCGAUGCCCACCCUGCCUCCCGGCAUGCCCUUAGCAGUGCCACCUGGUGUGUCCCCCAUGCCCAUCCCCCCUAUCCCAGGCAUGGGUAUGUCCCCCCCGCUGGUCUCCUCCGUGCCCCCUCCCGUGCCACCGAUGCCCAACGGAGCGCCCGCCAUGAUCCCGCCUAUUACCGGCUUCACCAACCCAGCCUCAGCAGCACUCAACAAAAGCUCUUCUUUUAACCGCUCCAGUGCCAAGCUCCAGAAGGGCCAGUCCUUUGAGACGCCCAGUGCCCCCGCGGCGCCCCCUCCCCCAGACUGGGCCGUGCCUCAGUCGUCCCGGCUAAAGUACCGCCAGCUCUUCAACAGCCACGACAAGAUGAUGAGCGGCCACCUCACAGGUCCCCAGGCGCGCACCAUCCUUAUGCAGUCCAGUCUACCACAGGCUCAACUGGCCACCAUAUGGAACCUCUCGGACAUAGACCAGGACGGGAAGUUGACGGCCGAGGAGUUCAUCCUGGCGAUGCACCUGAUUGACAUGGCGAUGUCAGGCUUGCCCCUUCCUCCACUACUCCCACCCGACUUUAUUCCUCCCACAUUCAGGAGGGUGCGUUCAGGCAGUGGGGUCUCGGUGACAAGUGUGCAUUCCGUUGACCUGCGCGUACCAGAAGAGCCCGAAGAGGAGGACCCGAAGAUAUUGCCAGUGACGUUCGAGGACAAGAAGCGUGAGAACUUUGAGCGGGGCAACCUGGAGCUGGAGAAGCGUCGGCAGGCCCUGCUGGAGCAGCAGCGUCAGGAGGCGGAGCGCGUGGCCACGCUGGAGCGCCACGAGCAGGAGCGCAAGGAGCGCGAGCGGCAGGAGCAGGAGCGCCGCAGGCUGCACCAGCUGGAGAGACAGCUGGAGAAGCAGAGGGAGCUGGAGAGGCAGCGCGAGGAGGAGAGACGCAAGGAGAUCGAGAGGAGAGAGGCUGCCAAGCGUGAGCUGGAGCGCCAGCGGCAGCUGGAGUGGGAGCGGAACCGCCGGCAGGAACUCCUGAACCAGAGGAACCGAGAACAGGAGAACAUCGUUCUACUCAAGGCCCGCAAGAAGACCCUGGAGUUUGAGCUGGAGGCCCUGAGCGAUAAGAAAACACAGCUGGAGGGAAAGCUGCUGGACCUGCGCUCGCGUCUCUCGGGUCAGCGGCAGGAGAUCGAGAACACUAACAAGACCCGCGAGCUCCGCAUCGCCGAGAUCACCACACUACAGCAGCAGCUGCAGGAGUCUCAGCAGUGGCUGGCUCGUCUGAUCCCGGAUAAGCAGUGUCUGAAUGACCAGCUCAAACAGGUCCAGCAGAACAGCCUACACAGAGACUCCCUGACGAACCUGCAGAGGGCGCUGCAGGUGAAGGAGACGGCACGGCAGCAGCUGAAGGAUCAGCUGGAUGAGGUGGAGCAGGAGACGCGCGCCAAACUGCUGGAGAUAGACGCCUUCAACACACAGCUCAAGUGGGAGGGCUCGCUGGCGAACGAGGCGCUGCAGGACUGCCUCUCCUCCCUGUCCGCCUGUCUCAGGCGCAUAGGGCGCUACCUCCAGGAGCUCAGGGAGAUCCACGCCAAGCAACAGCAACGGCACAAGCAGAUGGAGACGCUGGAGGGCGACGCCCAGCCCACCAUCGAUGACAGGAAGUCCGUAGAGCUGCCGGAGGCCAGGUUGUCGGGUACAGAUGAGGUGGUCUCUCCGGCCCCCACUCCCACGCCACCUCCGGCACAGGCGUGGCUGAGCAGCGUGAGUGUAAACGAAGAGGAGAUGACCGUGCGGAAGGACACGCCGGAUAAACUCAGCCAGCUCUUCCUGCCUCCACCACAGCCACAGCCAAAGCUGCUGGGCCAGGCACCGUGGCCCACGGGAGAUAAGCCCCCUGCAAUGAGUUCCAUUCAGGAGAAGAUGAAAGUGGUCUACUAUCGAGCGCUGUACCCUUUUGAUGCCCGUAGCCACGAUGAAAUCACCAUCCAGCCUGGAGACAUCGUCAUGGUGAAGGGAGAGUGGGUGGACGAGACUCAGACGGGAGAGCCUGGUUGGCUGGGGGGUGAGCUGAAGGGAAAGACCGGCUGGUUCCCCGCCAACUACGCUGAGAAGAUUCCGGAAUCCGAGGUCCCACUCAGCCUGCGCACCGCAGCGGCCACCUCCGGCCCCGCCCCUAAGCUGGCCAGCACCCGGAUCACGCCCACCACACCCACCACGCCCACACCCACACCCACCGCCAUCCAGCCCCCGCCCCCUGAGAUGGGCCCGGUCCAAUCAGCAGCUCCCCCCGCCCCUCUUCCUCCUCCGGGCGCUGCCGCCUCCUCGUCGUCCUCAGCCUCCAGUAACUGGGCGGAUUUCAGCACGACGUGGCCCUCUAACUCGGUGGACAAGCCUGACAGUGACGGCUGGGAUGCGUGGCCCUCUCAGGCGGCCCCUACCACUGCCCCUCCCCCGGCCCCCCAGCCCAGCCUGUCCGUGCCCAGCGGAGGCCCCCUACGCCAGCGCUCCGCCUUCACCCCCGCCACCCUCAGCGGCUCCUCACCCUCACCUGUGCUGGGACAGGGCGAGAAGGUGGAGGGUCUGCAGGCGCAGGCCCUGUACCCGUGGCGGGCCAAGAAGGACAACCACCUGAACUUCAACAAGAGCGAGAUCAUCACGGUGCUGGAGCAGCAGGACAUGUGGUGGUUCGGUGAGGUGCAGGGCCAGAGGGGCUGGUUUCCCAAGUCCUACGUGAAGCUCAUCUCAGGCCCCGUACGCAAGUCCGUCAGUAUUGAGUCAGGCUCGUCAGAAAGCCCACCAAGUGUGAAGAGACCUAGCCCCUCACCCAGCAAACCUCUGGAACUCGGAGAAGAGUAUAUAGCCAUGUACACGUAUGAGAGCACGGAACAAGGCGACCUGACCUUCCAGCAGGGGGAUGUCAUCACUGUCACCAAGAAGGAAGGCGAUUGGUGGACAGGAGUAGUGGGGGGAAGGACAGGGGUUUUCCCCUCCAACUACGUCAAGCCCAAGGACUCUGAUGCUUUAGGAGCAGCAGGGAAGACGGGGAGUCUGGGGAAGAAGCCAGAGAUUGCACAGGUCAUUGCCCCCUACACAGCCACAGGGGCCGAGCAGCUGACUCUGGCCCCCGGCCAGCUCAUCCUCAUUCGCAAGAAGAACCCUGGAGGCUGGUGGGAGGGGGAGCUGCAGGCGAGGGGGAAGAAGCGCCAGAUUGGUUGGUUCCCGGCCAAUUAUGUCAAAUUAUUGAGCCCAAGCACCAGUAAGACCACACCCACGGAGCCGACGCCCCCCAAACUACCCACACCAAGUGCAGUGUGUCAGGUGAUCGGCAUGUAUGACUACACGGCGCAGAAUGACGACGAGCUGCCCUUCGGCAAAGGUCAAAUCAUCAACGUCCUGAGCAGGGAGGACCCUGACUGGUGGAAGGGCGAACUGAACGGCUCUGUGGGUCUCUUCCCCUCAAACUACGUCAAGCUGACCACCGACACUGACCCCAGCCAGCAGUGGUGCGCCGACCUGCACCUCCUGGACAUGCUGACCCCCAUGGAGCGCAAGCGGCAGGGCUACAUCCACGAGCUCAUCGUCACCGAGGAGAACUACGUCAAUGACCUGCAGCUGGUCACCGAGAUCUUCCAGAAGCCUCUAUUGGAGUCGGAGCUGCUGACGGAGAAGGAGGUGGCCAUGAUCUUCGUCAACUGGAAGGAGCUGAUCAUGUGCAACAUCAAGCUGCUCAAGGCCCUGCGCGUGCGGAAGAAGAUGUCGGGCGAGCGCAUGCCGGUGAAGAUGAUCGGGGACAUCCUGACGGCGCAGCUGCCCCACAUGCAGCCCUACAUCCGCUUCUGCAGCUGCCAGCUCAACGGCGCCACACUCAUCCAGCACAAGACCGACGAGGCGCCCGACUUCAAGGACUUCGUCAAGAGGUUGGCCAUGGAUCCGCGGUGUAAAGGGAUGCCCCUCUCCAGCUUCCUGCUCAAGCCAAUGCAGAGGGUCACCCGCUACCCCCUCAUCAUCAAGAAUAUUUUAGAGAACACGCCAGAGAGUCACCCGGACCACAGCCACCUGCGCCAGGCACUGGAGAAGGCCGAGGAGCUGUGCUCGCAGGUCAACGAGGGCGUCAGGGAGAAGGAGAACUCCGACCGGCUGGAGUGGAUCCAGGCACACGUGCAGUGUGAGGGGCUCUCAGAGCAACUGGUGUUCAACUCUGUGACCAACUGCCUGGGCCCACGCAAGUUCCUCCACAGCGGCAAGCUCUACAAGGCCAAGAGCAACAAGGAGCUGUACGGCUUCCUGUUCAACGACUUCCUGCUGCUCACCCAGAUCAUCAAGCCGCUGGGCUCGUCCGGCUCCGACAAGGUGUUCAGUGCCAAGUCCCACCUGCAGUACCGCAUGUACAAGACGCCCAUCUUCCUGAACGAGGUUCUGGUGAAGCUCCCCACUGACCCUUCCGGAGACGAGCCCUUAUUCCACAUCUCGCACAUCGACCGCGUCUAUACCAUACGGGCCGAGAGCAUCAAUGAGAGGACGGCGUGGGUGCAGAAGAUUAAGGCAGCCUCGGAACUCUUCAUUGAGACCGAGAAAAAGAAGAGGGAGAAGGCCUACCUGGUACGCUCCCAGAGGGCCACAGGCAUCGGCAGACUCAUGGUCAACAUCGUCGAAGGGAUCGAGCUCAAGCCCUGCCGUUCCCAUGGGAAGAGUAACCCCUACUGUGAGGUGACGAUGGGGUCGCAGUGCCACAUCACCAAGACCCUGCAGGACACGCUGAACCCCAAGUGGAACUCCAACUGUCAGUUCUUCAUCAAAGACCUGGAGCAGGAUGUGCUGUGUGUUACCGUCUUCGAGAGGGACCAGUUCUCCCCUGAUGAUUUCCUGGGCAGGACCGAGAUCCGCCUGGCGGACAUUAAGAAAGACCAGGGCUCCAAGGGGCCCAUCACCAAGCGGCUGCUGCUUCACGAAGUCCCCACAGGCGAGAUCGUAGUGCGCCUUGACCUGCAGCUCUUUGAUGAAACUUGAGCAGUCCCAUGCCUCUCAAAUACACACACACACACUACUACGCCCCUUUCUUCCCACCCUUGGUGUUUUGAGGCCUAGCAGCCUACUGUGACAAUCCCACCUGCCCUGCUCCAAAAACACACACCAUACCCCAGUGUGUGUGUGUGUGUGUGUGUGUUUAUUUCUGCUUGGAAGCAAGUGUGUGUCUCUGCGUGUCUGUGUAAAAGCUGUGACAGUCUUAAUCAGUGAUCUAUUUUUAUGAACAAUUUUAUGUUUUUAAAUCAUGACCAUUAUACACAUGGGGACACCAGUGCUGAGGUCUCUAGCCGGCUGAGGUAGCCUGAGAGGAAAUAAGACUCUAGUAUUUAUCAGCUUCAUCUCUCUCUCUCUCACUGCUGCAGCUGUUUUAUCAGUAGUUUUGCUAAAAGAACACUAUUCAUAUAUGUGGCCUAAAUAUGGGAAGGACAGAUUUAAAGACCAAUUUGUAUCAAUAGGUGAAUUGACUCUUGGGAGGUGAGGUGGAGGGGAGAAAGUUAAAAGUACAUCAGCAUGCAAAAGAAAAGAGUAGGAGGAAAGCCUGUGUGUAGCUGGUUCAUUUCCCCUCUUAGUUGCUUAGUGUCAAAGCUCUGUUUCCAGGGUGUGGACUCGCGUCACAAACUGCGUCUGGCGCAGGCCGUCUGGACUGUCAGCGACCACAGAUAAGGCUGUUGGUGCACGUACUGUAGAUUUAGCAGAACAGAAACCCUUCAAACACAUCCACUAUGAGCCAAAAGCCAGUAUCCUCAGUCAGUAAGCAGUAGAUUCAUUCCAGCCGCAGCUAUUAUCAGCGUAGUUCCAUCUCUUUUUUUUUUUUGUUUUGUUUUUCCAAGUCGUUGGUUUAGGUACAAAACAUCCAAGGCAUCAGGCAGAUAUGAUCUGUAGGCAUGCUGUAAAACUGCAUUAAGCAUGUUUGGAUUGGUCAGGCAUUGUUUUCUUUCAUAUAAAUUUGGUCUUUAAGUAUUUGCGCCUUCAGCAGUGCAGAUUAGGUUAGCAUUAAGGUCAUCUGUAGUGCCACAGUGUUGACCCUCUCACAGAGCUGUCAGCGCUCUACCCCACAAAUGUCCAGAUAAGUCCAGGUUGACCAUAAGCAAACAACUCGCAUUCCAAUCCACCGUUAAACAAUGUGUGCCAUGUGAGAUGUCAAAGGAUGUCCAAAUGUAUGCAAAUGACCUGUUCAGAAAGUGCUCCUUGAUUUAGUUCAGGAGGUCUUCAACUGGCAUCGCAACUCUUAAUGAUCUCAGACUGACCAAGAUUUGUUUAUUUUGUUUCAUUUUAAUCUUAAUUUAUAAAUUAUUUAUUGGAUUGACGCAGGUUUGAGACCAGGUCCCGUAUGUGAAUGUAAACAGGGUGGUGAUGGAGAGGAGAUGGGAGGUAGCCCUACUUGAGUGAAGUUUUGAUACAUGACCAAGCCUGUGACUGUCACCACGGGCACAUUCAUGACAACGGUUUUGGUGAGCAAAACUUGUAGCAAUAUGUGAAGCCUUGUUUAAGCAUCAUAAAGAAUGGGGAGUGCACAGGGAAACCUUCAAAUAUUUGAGAAAAAAACACACUCCAUUCUGCUGCAUUCCAAGAAGUCUCAUAAUAUUCUGCCUUGACACACUCCUAAAGCUGUCAAAGUGGUCAAGGAUUUUUAAGUGGAGUUAGCAUUGCGUAUGUAUAUAAAGGAGAUAAGAGAUAAAUAAGAGAGUUAUGAGUGACCACAGACGAGAGCCAGGGGCUAAGUGAUCUGGGAUUAUAUGAAGUUUGUGAUGCCUAACCCUGAUGCGCUCUUCCUCUCAAUCAUUCAUAUCUAACCGUUUGGAAACAUGUACUGUAUAUUUGCUGUCAUUUUUUGUUGUUUUGAAUUAGUUGUUUUUUCCAUACAUCAAAAAAGGUAACUAUUUAAUAUAGAGUGCUAUAUUUAUGAUGGGUAUGAGUGACAUUGGUCAUGAUUGUGGAGGACCACUUUUGUAAAUGUGCAUUUUUGAUUUCGAUGGGUGUUUUUUUCCCCUACAGGAAUUGUGCUUUGGGUGGGGAUGCUAGUGUGGUUAACACUGUACAGUAGUUGUAUAUGUUUGUAAAGAGCAACUGUUUUGAGGUCAGCCUUCCAAAUCAGUUUUUGAAUUUGUUUUCAUCCACAAGACGAGUAGCUGACAGGUGAAUAGUGGUACUGAGAUAUGCUGUUAGGAGUGUUUUUAGUACAAAUAUGAAAUGAUGCUGGAUAAAAAUGGUCACUUAACAUUAAAAGAAUGAAAUAGAGUUGGUCAAAAGGGAAAUGCUGACCCGUGAUGUUUGUUUGUGUAUCUGGUCUUUCUCACGAGGAAGAAGCAUAUUCCUUAUUACCGCCUAGACAGGUUCCUUGAAUUGACCAGUCUUAGGGCAGCUCUGCUGAAAGGUGGAGUCAGGACUGAGGUGAUCUUUGGACAGACCCUUGCUGUUUUGUGAAAUGACCUGCCCGGGGAAGAGAAGCUGGAUUGUUUUCUCCUGUAGCAGCUCUGUACAUGUGUGUGUGGCGUUCUGUGCGUUUGAGAUGAAUAGUUAAGAAUAGAAACCUUAGGUUUCUUCUCUCUCUCUCUGUGUGUGUGUGAUUCCAUGUGGUAUGUAAGAGUGUGAAUUCAUGUCAUAAGCCCUACAGAUGAAUAGUGGGUCCAAAGGCUGCUUGACUAGUACCCAACACCCUGACCUUUGACCCUUGCUGUUCCCGUGGCGCUCAGUUCUGUACAGUCCAAAGCAGUUGGCUCGCCCAUUUUUUUUUUUUUUUUUUUUUUUAAGGAUGAAGCAGUCUUACUGAAUCAAUGUACAGGAAGUGUCCAUGUUACAAGCUCUGAAGGAAGUAUAAUAUAUUACUACUUGAACAUGAAUUAUGUUGAUGACAAUGUAUUGUUAUCAAUGUAGGAGCAUUAUUAUUAUGUUAUUGUCUUAAAUGUUACCAAUAAAUCUCAAUUGGACCAAA